UCCGUAAUACUUGACCAUGUUGUGUUUUACUACUCUUCCUGUUUGCUUGUGGAAGAGGCUACCUCGUUUACGUUGUAAAAAAGUUGCGUUGUUUCACUUGAUACACGCAAGCAACAAUGGUUCCCGCAAGGAUAAUACUCAACGGCUAUGGAACGAAUGCGCGAGUAAUCUGAGUUUGACUUUAUCACAAGUAGAAAAGCUUGAACACUUUGCACGACUAUUAAUGGAACAUAAUCAAAACGUUAACCUUACAGCUAUUAGAGAUUGGGAUCAAGUUAUUGUGAAGCACUGUAUAGAUUCUCUUACUCUGGUACCUCUGAUCAAAAAACUUUCUUCGAAUUUCCCUACAAGAUUGGUUGAUGUGGGUAGUGGUGGUGGAAUACCGGGAAUUCCUUUGGCUAUAGCAGUGCCAGACUGUAACAUCACUUUGAUAGAUAAAACAAGAAAGAAAGUGGAAAUUCAACAAAGAAUAAUCGAGCAACUGCAACUUCACUCGGUUCGCUGUCUGUGGACUCGUGUCGAAGUAGCCGGUCAGCAAGAGGAAAUGAGAGAGUCAUUCGACUUUGUAACUGCGAGAGCUGUAGCUUCUUUGGAUAUUCUUGUCGAAUGGACAAUUCCUUUUCUGAAAGAAGGAGGAUAUUUGCUAGCUCAGAAGUCAGUCGACGCGCAAUUUAGUGAGAUAAAGAGAGCUUGUAAUGCAAUAGAUGAUGUAGGAGCAACCUUUCAUGAUAUACAUUAUGUUGAAAAAGAGCCUUCUCCAGUUGAUCACAGACGAAAGGCGAUAAUCGUUUUGAGAAAAGAUACAAACACUCCGAAAUUGUAUCCAAGACCUCCAGGUGUAGCACAAAAGAGGAAAUUAGGAUAAAAUAUGGUGUUGAAAUCGACAGUUUUGAGACGUGUUUUUCGGGCCUCCAGUAUAGGAACGUUUGUUUUGUCCACGAAAUUGUAGUAGUUGACUCCAUUUUUGGGUGUGCCAAACUAGAUUACUUGUAAGUAAUACGUUACUAGAUCAUAGAAAUUCAUUAAGUUUACACUAUUGUAUGACAUGCUCCGAUACCUCCACUCGUAAACGGUCGGGCGUCUGAACAGCCUGCCAAUCUAUUUGCGUAUCUUUCAGCUAGCAAUCGAUGACUUAUAAAAUCUGUUUUCCUGGUCGUAAAACCGUUAAAAUUUGUGCCUACAAACUGUCUCCAUCUCUGUACCAAAAGACAUAACCGUUUUCAUCUUUUAGUACCGAAUAAUUUCCAGAGAACCAAGCAGAAAGCACGAAAUGGUUAAUACUCAAGAUAUAGAAGACGCAUAUUAUCUAAAAAAAAGAACAAUUAAAGAUUUGACAAUUAAUUUGAUCUGUUAGUAUUGAGGUUAAAUCAAUCUGAAAAAAAAUAAAUAGUGCCAUGAUUUAUUAUAGUCCAUUUUCUUAUGUUGAAUCAUUUUAAAUUUACGAUUAAAUAGUAUAGAUUUUAA